AUGCCUCCCGUAUACCAUUUUCAGAACGGACUAAGGUUUGUGGCGCCAUAUUAUUAUACAUAUCGAACUACAGUGAAGGGACGGUGGUUUGAUAGAUCUAUUCUAGAGGUUUUCACUGAAGAAUUCAGGGAUUAUGAUCGUGGUCACUAUAUCAAGCGUAUUGAGGAAGACAAUGUUCAGGUGAUACGAAAGAGGAAGGGGAAAGAAACAGUCUAUAAAGGAAAGAUAUUGAUGGAUUUACCUCUAGAAUCAGGGGAUCUAGUCAUACAUAAAGAGCAUAAACAUGAAAGACCCGUUAGUGAUACUAAAAUUAAGAUUGUUCAUAACGACCAGAAUAUCUUAGUGGUUGACAAACCGUCCGGAAUUCCAAUGCACCCUGUUCAGGGCUACCUCUACAACACCCUCACAGAGAUCUUGAAAAAAGAUCUUUCCUUGAAACGACUUCAUCCUUGCAACCGUCUUGAUAAACUCACUAGUGGAGUUGUCCUUCUUUGCAAAAAUGUGCAGAGUGCAUCAUUCUACCAACAGAUGAUCCAGAAUAGAAAUUUUACUAAAGAAUAUGUUGCCAGAGUCGAUGGAAAGUUUCCUACAAUACCAUGCGAAUGUAGUGAUGAUGUAGUUGUUAUUGAUGCCAAACGGAAAUCUCACGGGUUCUGUAGACGUGAGGCUCUUACCCGAUUCAAGUUGUUGAAAUACAGUCCCAUACUAAACCAAAGUAUCGUUCUAUGUAAACCUGUUACAGGCAGAACGCAUCAGAUUCGUAUCCAUCUCCGAAAUCUUGGACAUGCCAUUGUGAAUGAUCCAUUGUAUAACCCCAAACUGAACAAUCUGCUGGGUAAUGCCAAAAAGAUUGACCUCACCACCAGGGAAGGACAAGAAGUGGUACAAAAUGAGCAUACUCAAAAACGGAUUGAUCUAUUAAGUGGACAGAAAUGCCCAGAGUGUGGCAUUGACCUAUAUAAAGAGCCUGACAGCAAAUCUCUCAUUAUGUAUCUACAUGCACUACGAUAUUCGAGUAAGAACGAACAAGGUGAGCUGCAAUGCUAUGAGACCGAAAUGCCACAAUGGACAUACAUUACUUAA